CUGCACGCGCCACAUCUUGUUGCCGGGCAGCGAUGGCGGCUACUCUGGAGUCCGCGGAAGACCCACUGCGGAACUUUGUUCGAGUUUUGGAAAAGCGAGAUGGCACGGUGUUACGACUGCAGCAGUAUGGCUCCGGCGGCGUGGGCUGCGUUGUUUGGGACGCUGCCAUUGUCCUUUCUAAGUACCUAGAAACGCCAGGGUUUUCCGGGGAUGGGGCCCACUCUCUGAGCCGGCGGUCCGUGCUGGAGCUGGGCUCCGGCACUGGGGCCGUAGGGCUCAUGGCUGCUACCCUCGGGGCUGAUGUUGUGGUCACAGAUCUUGAGGAAUUGCAGGACUUGCUGAAGAUGAAUAUUAAUAUGAACAAGCAUCUUGUCACUGGUUCUGUUCAAGCCAAGGUACUGAAAUGGGGGGAAGAAAUAGAAGACUUUCCUUCUCCGCCAGACUAUAUCCUGAUGGCCGACUGCAUAUACUAUGAAGAGUCUUUGGAGCCAUUGUUGAAAACUCUAAAAGAUCUUAGUGGAUUUGAGACUUGUAUUAUAUGUUGUUAUGAACAACGAACAAUGGGAAAAAAUCCAGAAAUCGAGAAAAAAUAUUUUGAGCUCCUCCAGCUAGACUUUGACUUUGAAAAAAUUCCUUUGGAGAAACAUGAUGAAGAAUAUCGAAGCGAGGAUAUUCAUAUUUUAUACAUCAGAAAGAAAAAAUCGAAAUCUCUGUCGUGAAAUCUUUAGUCACCUUACCCAAGCCUCUAACAACCUGGGUAAGCUAAAUAUAUGAAUGGAGCAUGUGAAUACAGCAUGGGAAGAUUGUGUUCACAGAUUUUUCCAGCAUGUCCAUAGAGAUUCGAUAUAUAACUGACAACCACCAUGGGCUACCUGCAAUUUGAAAAUGAUUACUGACUGCCUGUCUGCCAGCGGGCCUGAAAUCCACUUUAGUUUACUUGUAGCUCAGCUUCAAGUUCUGCUUAAAAGAAAAUUGUGUAUCAGUCACUCCUCAAAUGAAAGAUAGGUGUUGAGGUUUGCCUUAAGUCUACCAGAAGUAAACAGUGAAGUGGCAUGGUUGACUUGGCAUUAUUGUCAGGAAACUGGAGAUGAAUUGAUCCAGUUUCUAAAGAGAGACAUCUAUUACUAUGUAAUUCUGUUUAAGUUGCAACUAGUAAAAUUUAGUUGUCUUCAAGAUAAACAAAUCUAAAAGUUGGUUUUUAUUUUAAUGUAAUUAUGCAUUGGUUUUUAUCGUAUGUGUCUUCCACUUCAUUGCGGUUAUUACGAUAGCAUUAAUAUUGAAAUGUUCUUAAAACAAAAACCUGAAAAUGCUGUUUUGUAUACUAUUAGCCAAAGUUUUAUUCUUUUCCUCCACCAUACAUGUCUGUGUGAUUUAGAUAGUAAUUUAUACUGUAAUGAGUUGGUAGGAAUGAAAGUAAGAAAUCAGGAGGGGGAAAAGGUAUCUUUACAAACUUUUUCGUUUGCGAAUGGAGCAAGAAUAAAAGCCCAGUUUCAGGCUUGUGCACUUAGGUGGCUCUUGCACUUUUUGUCGCAUAUAUCUUCCAGGAAAAUGGCUAAAAUCACCAGUGUUUACAUGAAACAGAGAAAUGUUUUUAAGUAACUACAAAUGUGGCUCUAUAUAUAUUUACCAAGUGUUUUGAUUCUAUGUAUUCUCUGUUUUAUCUUACAAUGAUAAUCAUUUCACAGACUGAUCUGUCAAGGACUUGUUACACCAGUUUUGAAGAGUAAUACUAACUGGAUAGAAUUCUGGUACCUGUAGGCAUUGGUGCUAGGUGGCACAUUUUAUGUAUUAAAAUAAACAUUGUUUUUGAGA